GUCAUCACUCUCUCUCCUUCGCACCAGGGCUACCUGUCAUCGGUGCCGCGCACCCUUCUCUCUUUCUCUUUCCGGCAAUCGUAUGGAAUUGUUGUAACACAUUUCUGCUGCCAAGAUGUUUAUGCCCAAAGCUCAUCGCGUCGCCAUCUACGAGUACCUCUUCAAGGAGGGCGUGUUGGUCGCGCAGAAGGAUUUCUACGCCCCGAAGCACCCGGAGCUGGAGCAGAUUCCGAACCUGCACGUCAUCAAGACGAUGCAGUCGCUCAAGUCGAAGAACUUUGUCAAGGAGCAGUUUGCGUGGCGUCACUACUACUGGUACCUGACGAACGAGGGCAUCGAGUAUCUGCGCUCGUACCUGCACCUGCCCCCGGAGAUUGUUCCGUCGACGCUGAAGCGGGCGGCCCGUUCGGAGCCCCAGCGCGCCCGUGGUGCCGGCGGUCCCGGUGGACCCCGCGGCGAUCGCGAUGACCGCAAGGGAGGCCCCGGCGAGGACCGACAGGCGUACCGCCGGACGCAGCAGGCCGGAGGACCGGACAAGAAGGGCGACGUCGGUGCCGGAGCUGGCGAUGUUGAGUUCCGUGGUGGAUUUGGCCGCGGAGCCCGGCCCCAGUAAGCUUACCCUUAAGCCGGAGUGGACACGGAUUACGGAGCACUUUAACUUUGUUGUUCGUGUACAUUUAACAAUAAAACAAAGUUCUAUGAUUUAAGCCACCCCAAACAAGUGCGGAACGCCAAGC